AUGUCUAAUAGGUAUGGAAGGUCGGGUACGGCGCGGUUUGUGAAGAACACUGCCAUGGAGGGGAGAUUGGGAGGUAUUACAAUGACGGCACAGCAGCUGGUGGACGCCGCCAAGACGGACGAAAUCGAUACCAUGAUGGGCUUUGAACGAUACAUCCCGCCUAUUUUCGAAGGACGGGCCAAAACGCCACAGGAAAUCCCUGGACGAGUAGGGUGGCUUUCUAACAUGCAUGCCACCAUAAUUCCAAAGCAACAUUCACAAGCGGUAGGCGACGCUGGCAUAUCCGGUGUGGAUUUCUAUUUCCUUGACGAAGAGGGUGGCAGUUUUAAGUCCACCGUAACGUUUGAUCCAUACUUUCUCGUCGAGUGCAUGGUCGAAACGCGGGUCAACGAUGCCGAAGAGUUUCUGCGAAAGCAUCUAGAACAUUGCUUGAAAAAAGUAGAGGUGGUAAUACGCGAAGACCUUUCAAUGAGUAAUCAUUUGCUAGGGCUGAAGCGAACUUUGCUUAAGCUUAGCUUCACCAACGUCAGCAAUUUGCAUGAAGCCCGUAAACUACUGAGGCCAAUAUUUCUAGACAAUGAAGCUCACAAGCUUCAAAGAUCAAUUUACGAGCCCAGCAACAUAGAAAAAGCAGAUGUUAAAGUUCUACUGACGAACAUCAGGGAAUAUGACGUUCCUUACCAUGUUCGUGUUUCUAUAGACAAGGACAUCAGAGUCGGAAAGUGGUACAAGGUCACGUCGCGAGGACUUUUUGAAAUGGUUGAGAAGGUGGCAUUUGCAGAUCCGGUCGUGCUGGCAUUUGACAUAGAGACUACAAAGGCCCCGUUGAAGUUUCCCGAUGCAUCAAUCGAUCAGAUCAUGAUGAUAUCGUACAUGAUAGAUGGCGAUGGGUUUCUCAUAACUAAUAGGGAAAUUAUCUCAGAAGACAUCGAAGAUUUUGAAUACUCCCCGAGGCCGGAAUAUCCAGGUAACUUCACAAUUUUCAAUGAAGAUAACGAAGAACAGUUACUCAAGCGCUUUUUUGAACACAUACGAGACGUAAGACCAACAAUCAUAUCCACUUUCAAUGGUGACUUUUUUGACUGGCCUUUUGUCGAUACGCGUGCCAAAAUUCAUGGACUAGACUUAUCGCAAGAAAUAGGUUUCGCACCUGACUUGGAAGGAGAAUAUAAAUCUCCAUACUGCACACACAUGGACUGUUUCAGGUGGGUGAAGCGUGACUCGUAUCUGCCGCAAGGUUCACAGGGUUUGAAGGCAGUUACACAAGCUAAGCUGGGCUAUAACCCAAUCGAGCUUGAUCCAGAAUUGAUGACGCCCUAUGCUUAUGAGAGACCUCAGCAUUUAUCAGAGUACUCUGUUUCCGAUGCUGUUGCCACGUACUAUCUUUACAUGAAAUAUGUUCACCCUUUCAUUUUCUCCUUGUGCACAAUCAUUCCACUCAAUCCUGACGAAGUCCUCCGUAAGGGUACAGGUACCCUAUGCGAGAUGUUGCUGAUGGUUCAGGCGUACAAGGGAAACAUUUUACUGCCAAAUAAGCAUGUCGACCCCAUAGAGCGGUUUUAUGAUGGUCAUUUGCUUGAAUCAGAGACAUAUGUGGGAGGUCAUGUUGAAUCCCUAGAGGCAGGAGUCUUUAGGAAUGACUUAAAAAACGAAUUCAAAAUUGAUCCAACGGCUAUAGACGAGCUGCUCGCAGAUCUUCCUCAUGCCCUCAAAUUCUGUGUCGAAGUAGAGAAUAACUCCGAACUCGGUAAAGUAACCAACUUGAAAGAAGUCGAAGAUCAGAUCAAAGAAAGUCUUCUCGACUUGAAAGUGAACAACGAAAGAAACGAACUCCCCUUGAUUUAUCAUGUCGACGUUGCUUCAAUGUAUCCAAAUAUCAUGAUAACCAAUAGACUGCAGCCAGAUAGUGUUAAAAGCGAACAUGAUUGUGCAAGCUGUGAUUUUAAUCGCCCUGGGAAACAAUGCGAUCGGAGACUGAAAUGGUCAUGGAGGGGUGAAUUUUCGCCUGCCAAAAUGGGUGAUUACAACAUGGUUAAAUCGGCUUUACAGAAUGAAAUGUUCCCUAACAGAAAAAAAAAUGCACGUCGCCAAUUUCUCACUUUCGAGGAGUUGAGCUAUUUUGACCAAGUCUCUCAUAUUAAGAAGAGACUGUCAGAUUACUCCCGCAAAAACUAUCGCAAGGUCAAAACAUCAGAAGUUGUUGAGCGAGAAGCCAUCAUAUGUCAAAGAGAAAACCCGUUUUAUGUUAACACGGUCCGUUCUUUUAGAGAUAGAAGAUAUGAAUUUAAGGGCCUUGUUAAGGUGUGGAAGAAGAAGAUGUCUGAAAUCGAUUCUAACAAAAAGCAUGAGAGAGAUGAAGCCCAAAAGAUGAUUGUACUGUACGACUCUUUACAGCUUGCCCAUAAAGUUAUUCUGAACUCAUUUUACGGAUAUGUUAUGCGAAAAGGAUCCAGGUGGUACUCUAUGGAGAUGGCUGGUAUUACAUGUUUAACUGGUGCUACCAUUAUUCAAAUGGCUCGAGCGCUCGUAGAGCGCUUAGGUAGACCUCUUGAAUUGGAUACAGAUGGAAUAUGGUGUAUUUUACCUGAGUCCUUCCCCGAAAAUUUUGAGCUGAAGCUUACUAACGGUAAGACCUUAUAUCUUUCAUAUCCCUGCUCAAUGUUAAACUAUAAAGUGCACCGACAAUUUACAAAUAACCAAUACCAAAAUUUAGUGGAUCCCAUCAACCAUAGAUAUGAGAUGCACAGCGACAACUCUAUUUUUUUUGAAGUUGAUGGCCCCUACAGGGCAAUGAUUUUGCCUACCUCCAAGGAGGAAGGCAAGGGCAUCAAGAAAAGAUAUGCUGUAUUUAACAUGGACGGCUCACUUGCUGAAUUGAAAGGUUUUGAACUUAAAAGGAGAGGAGAGUUGCAGCUCAUCAAGAAUUUCCAGCGUGACAUUUUUAGUAUGUUUCUCGAAGGCGAUACGCUAAAAAGCUGUUACGCAGAAGUUGCUGCUGUGGCUAACAGGUGGCUCGAUGUUCUGGAUUCUAGAGGUGUCAUGCUAGAGGAUGAAGACCUCAUUGAGUUGAUUUGUGAAAACAGGAGUAUGUCAAAAACUCUCAAAGAAUAUGAAGGACAAAAAUCAACUUCAAUUACAACGGCUAGGAGGCUGGGUGACUUUCUAGGUGAGGAGAUGGUGAAAGACAAAGGGUUGCAAUGUAAGUACAUCAUCAGCUCCAAACCAGCCGGCUCGCCAGUUACCGAACGUGCAAUUCCGGUAGCGAUCUUCUCGGCUGAUAUGAGCACGAAGAGAACAUUUUUGAGAAGAUGGCUUGUUGAUGCUUCUCUGGAUGAUUUUGAUCCUCGAGCCAUCCUCGACUGGAGUUACUACAGAGAACGAUUGGCAUCUGUGGUGCAAAAAAUCAUUACAAUCCCUGCUGCUCUACAAAAUGUCGUAAAUCCUGUUCCCAGAGUCGAACAUCCUGACUGGCUCAGAAAAAAGAUUGCGAUCAGUGAAGACAAGUUGAAACAGACCUCUCUUACCAAGUACUUCAAGAAAACGACUAAAGUUCCGGUUAUAGAAGAUAUCGAGGACGGUUUUGGAGGUGCGUUCUCCAAUGAGGUGUCAGCAAAGAAAAACGCGAAGGUUAUAUCAAGAAAAAUUCUCAAAAGAAGAUCAAAAGAAGAUGUUGAGGAAGAAAGUCUCGUUCUACCAUUGCAGAUACCAUAUCUCGAAGAUGAUUAUGCGGGGUGGUUAAAAUGCCAGAAAAUUAAGUGGAAAAUUCAGGCCAGGGACAGAAAGAGACGAACCCAGCUGUUUGGCAAUACAUCAAGCGCGAGUCACAGAUCGCCUUUAGGAAGUAUAAUCAGGAAGCAGGCAGAAACUUAUGCCAAUUCGACCUGGGAAAUUUUACAGUAUAAGGAAACUUCUGAACCCGGAGUUCUGGAGGCACAAGUUCUGCUGGAUCAGAAAGUGCACUCUUUGAAGUUCAUAAUUCCAAAGACGGUCUACAUUAAUUUCAAGAGCGAUCUUCUGCCAGAGGGUAGCAUCAAAAACUGCACUGUCGAAAAAUCCAGUGCCCUUUUGCCUAACCGUAAUGAACUUCAAGAUUCCAAUCGCAGUACCUUGUUCAAGUUGACUUUACCGGAAGAAGCAUUCCUUGAUGAAAUUCAGAACUCUUGCAGCAUUGUAAAUGACCAAGGAGUUCUAGGUAUGUUUGAAAGUUCAAUAACCACAACACAACGCGCUAUUAUUGAGCUAGGUUCUUCGGUUCAGUUCACUUCAGAUGCAAUUGGUGCCUUAGGUCGAGGUCUACAGAAAGGUUUCGAAAGAAAAAGCUUGCAGGCUGGUUCUUGCGAACGCUACUUAGAAAAAGUCCAUUUUGACGUUAUCUACCUUCUGCAUGUCUCCACGAAUGUCGGAUAUGAAUAUUUCAUAUUGUUCAAAGGUUGGGAUAGACAUUCAGAGAUAUAUGUUUUGAAGCCUUCUGAAAAUGCGCAAGACUUGAGUUCUUCUGCUAUUGAGAGUCUAUUUAAAGAAUCUUGCAGCAGAGCCAAAGGAGGGAUGGCUUUUAAUAUUUUAAAAGAUUUCCCGCAGGAAAUCACGAUAGAACAGAAAUCAUUUACCAAUUUGUCCAAACUUUACAAGCAACUGUCGCAAUCAAUAUCAAAGACUGCAAAUGAAAAAGGCUCACGAUUAGUUUUACUGCUUCAGUCUCCAUUCAUUGAAAAAAUGAAAAGGGCGGUAAAACCUCUGAAUAUUUUACCGCUUAUGGAACUCAGCAUUGGGGAAUUCAUACUUAACCCGCUGAAUUGGCAAAACACUGUGAGAAAAAAGAUCGUCAGUAGUAUUUUGUCCUUGAACGGAUGGCUUGAAGAAUGGAUUGCUUUGUCUCGGUACAGCGGUAUCCCUAUUUGUAAUUUACGACUAGACAAGAUGCGCCACAUUAUCGACGUCAUGUACGCCAGAAAGUUGAAACGAGAUGACAUUGUUCUAUGGUGGAAUAAUAAGACACCGAUUCCUGACUAUGGCGGUCUAGAAAAAGACUUCAAUUUAACAACCUCCUCUUUUCGAAGGGACUUAUCGCUGAAUGUUUUCAACAGGCAAGAAGUUUAUGACAAUGUGGUAUUCGAGAUAGAGCUCAAGAACCUAACUGUCAACACCGUUUUAACGUCUGCUUUGAUAAACGAGGCAGAAGGAAGCGAUAAUACUGAUCUGUCAUCGUUUCAAAAAGACCCUUCAAGCGGGGAAGGAGCUGGACUCGUUGAAGACUCUUUUUCUAACUUUGCGCUGUCAGUAUUACGGUCACUUCUCAAAAGUCUUUGGGACGACGCGAUGAUUGAAAAUCGUACGGCCGACAGCUUAAUACACGCUUUCAUGGAGUGGAUUAACUCUUCUGAUUCAAGGCUUUUUGACCCAUCUCUGCAAUAUCAUGUCCACAACUUGACGAAAAAGGCCUUACUUCAACUUGUAAAUGUUGCCAAAACGUUAGGAUCUACUGUCAUAUUUGCAGACAGAUCAAAGCUCUUGAUAAAAACUUCAAAGACGACGGUCGAAAGCUCAUACGCAUACGGUCAAUAUUUGAUUAAGGCAGUGCGUUCAGCGCCAAUGUUUAAUUUUCUGGAUUUAUCCAUCAAAAAAUACUGGGAUUUGCUUAUAUGGAUGAACCGCAACAAUUAUGCAGGACAUGCCUGUGAUGAAAUAAAAGAUGCCGACGAACAAGAUCUUCGGGCUUACUCAGAAUGGCACAUAAGGGCCUUUUUACCGCCUAUAUACCAGCAAGAAUUUGACGACUGGCUGAUAAUUAUCCUAGACAGCAUGGUUAAAGCCAAAGAAUCUUAUUUGCGUCAGAAAACUGACUCUCUGCGGAUGACGCAAAUCGUACAUUUGGAGGACGCCAGAGGAGUUCGUGAUAAACAAGAUCCUGAUUUUCUGCAAGGCUUCACCUCGAGAUUUUCGGCAGUAUUGAAAGAUAGAAUCAAAAGACUUUUGCAAAACCAGCAAGAAUACAUUUUGGAUCUCGAUGUAGGCGUCAAUUACCAAUUUCCCCAACUCGCCGGAUCACGGCACGACUUGAAAAAUCCUUUACUUGAGUUGGUCAAGUAUCUAUGCCACAUCAUGCUUUUUGGUAAGACAACCGUUCUGGAGGUUCGUCAACUGAGAAAGGAUCUACUGAAAAUCUUCGACAUGCGAGAAUUUGAUCCUGCAACGGCAUUCAAGUAUCCAAGUGCCUCUUUAGUCAUUGGAAAUCUUAUUUGCGAAUAUUGCCAUUCUUUGGACGACAUCGAUUUUUGUCUCAUAAAGCCAAAUGAGUCCUUCGCGUGUUCUUAUUGCCAUCGCCACUUUGACACCGUUUUGCUUCAAGAGAAUCUCAUACAAACACUACAAAUCGAACUGCAGAAUUAUUACACACAAGAUCUCAGAUGUGUCAAAUGCGGCAAGAUCAAAGAAGAUCUGCUAUCAGAACAUUGCCCUUGCUCUGGAUCGUGGACUGCGACUCUUAAUGAGAGGCAACUUUUUGAGAGGAUUGAAACCUAUCAGAACGUUGCAACGUAUUGUAACUUUAGCCUUCUCGACGCUGUUAUAAGUGACCUUUAG